GUGCUUCCGCCUGCGCGUGGCCACAGCCGACUGCUCGGAGGCGCCCCGGACCGUCGGGAACCGCGCCCGCAGCCGCCGGCCGCGCGGCCGGAUUAGAGGGCGAUGGAUCUGGAACCCGAGCUGCUGCUGCAGGAGGCCCGCGAGAACGUGGAGGCGGCGCAGAGCUACCGGCGGGAGCUGGGCCAUAGGCUGCAGGGGCUGCAGGAGGCGCGGAGGCAGAUCAAAGAGAGUGCAUCCCAGACAAGAGAUGUCCUCAAACAGCAUUUUAAUGAUUUAAAGGGAACCCUGGGGAAGCUCCUGGAUGAGCGAUUGGUGACCCUUUUGCAAGAGGUGGACGCCAUUGAACAGGAGACCAUUAAGCCACUAGAUGACUGCCAGAAGCUGAUAGAGCAUGGAGUUAACACUGCAGAGGACCUCGUCCAAGAAGGUGAGAUCGCCAUUCUGGGUGGUGUAGGAGAACAAAAUGAAAAACUCUGGAACUUUACCAAAAAAGCCUCCCACAUCCAGCUGGACAGCUUACCAGAAGUGCCUUUACUGGUUGAUGUGCCUUGUUUAUCUGCCCAGUUGGAUGAUUCAAUUCUUAACAUAGUGAAAGACCACAUUUUCAAGCAUGGAACAGUAGCAUCUCGCCCACCAGUACAGAUAGAAGAAUUAGUAGAAAAACCUGGAGGCAUCAUCGUACGAUGGUGUAAGGUGGACGACGACUUUACAGCCCAAGAUUACAGGCUCCAGUUCCGGAAAUGUACUUCCAGUCACUUUGAGGAUGUGUACGUGGGCUCGGAAACUGAGUUCAUCGUGUUGCACAUAGACCCCAACGUGGACUACCAGUUCCGGGUCUGCGCCCGAGGGGACGGCCGGCAGGAGUGGAGCCCUUGGAGCGUCCCCCAGACAGGCCAUUCCACGCUGGUGCCGCACGAGUGGACAGCUGGCUUCGAGGGGUACAGUCUGAGCAGCCGAAGAAACAUAGCGCUCCGCAAUGAUGCCGAGUCCUCGGGCGUCCUCUACUCCAGCGCCCCCACUUACUUCUGUGGGCAGACGCUGACCUUCAGGGUUGAAACUGUGGGACAACCGGACAGAAGAGACAGUCUGGGAGUGUGUGCAGAAAAGCAGAAUGGGUAUGACUCUCUGCAGCGGGAUCAAGCCGUGUGCAUUAGCACAAACGGUGCAGUUUUUGUAAAUGGAAAAGAAAUGACUAAUCAGUUGCCCGCAGUUACUUCUGGGUCCACUGUCACAUUUGACAUUGAAGCUGUGACUCUAGGAUCCACCAAUAAUAACGAAGGCGGAAACUUCAAGCUUCGAGUAACUAUUAGCUCAAAUAACAGAGAAGUGGUGUUUGAUUGGUUGCUCGAUCAGUCUUGUGGUUCUCUUUACUUUGGAUGCUCGUUUUUCUACCCCGGGUGGAAAGUGUUGGUGUUCUAGAUUUUCCGACGAUUGGCUUCGGUUUGCAGGGGUUUCGUAAAGCUGGCCUCAGUCCCAUGUAGUUGUCAUUGAUUUUAAAAAUGGAUAGAUUCAUCUCUCACUCAAGCCAUUGGAAACAAAUUACUUACUGGAUUUAUUUUAGACUGUCUUAGCAGUGAGAGGCUUGAAUGUUGUGGAUAAAAUAUCUUAUUUUUAGCGUAGGGUUCAUUGGAAUAUCCCAUUACAAUAAAAACCAAAUUGCCUUUUAAAGUGUGAGGAGAUACAGAGCGCUCUCUGUGUACCCUUCCCCUGUAUUUCUUUUUAAAGUGGGUUGUGGGAACAGGUAACGUAACGUCGUUGUAUUAAAUCUCCAUCUUUUAAAGAUCCAAGACUCUAGAAAGAAACCGCAGGAAGAGACCAGGUAGGAGGUGGCUACCGUGUCCGCUGUAUUAUAUGCUCAUUUGUGUGUUCUCCACAGGAGUGUUGAAUUUGCUCUCCAUAUUCAGGGAUUUGUAAGCAGUAUUGAAUUUUAGCUCUUGGUCAGGAAUCUUGAAGUCCCCAAAGCAUGGUGAUGUUUGCAUUUUUAGAAAUUACUGAGCAGAUGUCUACAGUAGGCAGAGUCUUUUCUUUUGUUCUUUCCUUGCAAUUUGAUUGAUGGAUGGGCUAGAGGGUUUUGCCAGGGUUAAACUCCUUCUGGAGGAGGUAUGCCCAGCGGUGUUAGCCAUUUCCCGGCUGUGAAAGGUGCGCAGCUGCGUCUCCCGCCUCAGCCGGGUGCGCGCUGCCCUUGGCAGGGGCUGAGCUGCAGUCCUGUUUCACGUCAGUUUCGUAAGUGGUCUUUCCCUGGACCAAACACAUAGAGGGUGACUACUUGACCUAUUUUUGGGGAAACUUAAAUUUGUUGAAAAUAUUUAUUUGAAGGGCUUAACUUAGUAUGUAAAAAUGAUUAUCUGAACUUGCUAUAUACCAGCCUAAGAUCUCUUUAAUGUGAAUGUUUUUUUUUUUUUCAUUUUUAACAGUAGAAAAGUGGAAAAGCAAGUUUGGUAUUUUUGUAAGAUAAUUUAUUGGGGGAUUUCAGAUUCCCUGUUAGACAAUCAUGACCUUCCUCCCCUUGCCUUUUGAUAAAUACGUAAACUGUUUUUCACUUGUUUAGUGAUUAAGAAGCUGUGCUAGAAUUUAGAUGCCUUGUCCAGCUGUCUGAAACCAAAUAAAAAACUAAACGUUA